UCGUCGUCCUCGACCAUGGCGGUGGUGAUCUUCCUAUCGGGCUUCCUCCUCGGCCUCCUCGCGCUCGCUCUCGCGGAGGGGGCGGCGAUCCUCUGGGCCGUCCGCGCCCUGCGCCGCGGCCGGCCAAGGCCUCCGUCUCCGCCCCCGGAGACCGCCGCCGCUGAGCUCUCCGGCGACCGGCCGAUUCCCACCAAGAAACAGGGUUUUCUAUGGAUGCUAGAGCCAGAAAAGAUGCCAAAAGUUAGCACCAACAACCACAUACCAUCUGGGGCUAAGAAAGAUAUGAAGGAAAAAAAGAACAUUGUCGAGGUUUUUCCUGUCAGGAUGUUGGCUAAAAUUAAAGACCACUUGCUUGUCUUGUCAGGUCCUGAUGGUUCUCAGACAAGCAUUGAGCUUCUGGAUUGCACAGUUGUUGCUGUUUCCGCCUCUAAUCUACCAUCACGUAAAUGGGCUAAGAGGUACCCGAUAAAACUUGAAAGCAAGGGAUCUGAGAUUUGCAAGGGGAGCAAUGUAUGUUAUCUUUAUGCAGAAACCUCUUGGGAGAAGGAAUCGUGGUCCAAAGCACUUCGUCUUGCAUCUUCUACAGACGAGCAGAAACUGAACAUGCAUGCAAGGUUGAGUGAACAGUUUAGAAGUUAUGUAUCCUCAUUAAAUGCUGGAUACCCCCGUUUCCUGGAAUCCUCGGCACUUUCCACAGACUAUCACGAGGUUAGGGACAAGGCGGUAAAGUCUGAUGGAUCGACAAAACUUCGCCUUCUUCUAAAAAAGUUCAGUAGAAAGGUAUCUACAAAAGCACCCCAAGUGACUAGAACAAGCACAAUCCCAGCACAAGCAGAAAGGAAAACUUUCGGUAAGACACACAGCUACCAUGGUACCUCACUGAUUGAUUUACCAGAAGAAAGGUCCAGCAGUAGUUCAUCAUCACAAGACAUAAAACAACCCAGUACCCCUGGCUCAGAUUUCAGUUAUAGAAGCAGAUUCUCAGAUUCUCCUGAUGCAAAUACAGAUGAAAAGAAUUCUGAUGAUGGUACACUUUGUUGGAACCUCCUAAUCUCUCGGUUGUUUUUUGAUGCUAAAAUGAGUGAUGAGAUAAGCAAGGCCAUUAAAGCACGCAUUCAGAGAUCAUUGUCAAACAUGAGAACUGCAUCCUACAUUGGUGAAAUUACACUUACUGAUCUCAAUCUUGGAGAACUUCCACCAUAUUUACGUAGGAUGAGAGUCCUCCCAAGGGAUUUAAAUGAACUGUGGGCUUUCGAAGUUGAUUUUGAAUAUUGUGGUGGAAUAAUGCUGCAUACUGAAGCAAGACUUGAGAUUCAGGAACCAGAGCUGCAAAAAGAUAUAAUGAAAACUACUCUUGAAGCGGAUUCUAAUGGGGCUGUGAAUUCAGAGUUUUUGGAGAAUAUUGAGCAUUAUGGAAACCAAGUUGGGUCUUCACAACUUUUGGCUUCUGUAGUGGAAGAUGAAGAUGAGGCAGGAGUACUGAAGCGAUCAAAGAGCACUGGUGGAAAAAGGUGGAAAAAUAUCAUGCACUCGAUAACUGACCAUGUUUCCCAGGUGCCAUUUUUGUUGGCAAUUAAAAUUACAUCGGUUCGGGGCACAAUGCGCAUACAAAUAAAGCCCCCUCCUUGUGACCGAAUCUGGUAUGGAUUUACAUCAAUGCCGGAGCUUGAGUGGGAAUUGGAGUCUUCCAUUGGGGAGAGAAAGAUCACCAACAGCCACAUUGCUGCGUUUAUCAGCAAAAGAAUCAAGGCUUCACUUCAUCAAAGCUUGGUACUGCCGAAUUGUGAAAGUAUUCCUGUGUCAUGGAUGAUAUCGGAGAAGGAUGACUGGGUGCCUCGUAAAGUUGCACCUUUUAUAUGGCUGAAUCGUGAACCGAGCGAGGCUGCAAGUCAUAGCACAGACACGGGUACGCUCCAGCCUGAUGAUGUUGCCACACUGAAGGUCAGUGCCAACCAGAAAGGUAGCAAAUCAAGCCCACCUGCUCCUUUCAACGAUGGCGAACAACUGAAGAGCACAAUAUCCUUUCAUGGGCCGAACCAAGAACCUGCAACAGAUGCAUCUACCAGCUCCUGUUCUUCACUUCCUUCAGAAACAGAGCCUUCUGACCAGUUGACGAUUCCGCUGAUGAGCACCACCAGACAGUUUGAACGAAAUACUUCUGAAGAUGCAUCGGGCUCUUCUCUUCAGCUACUAGCGAUGGUACCUGCAGGCGAGCAGUCGUCGGCAUCGUCCUCUGCUUCUCCCGAUGAGUACACGAAGAGGAAAGGCGCGAAGCGGGCUGCAGUAAUGGGUUUGGGGAGGAGGAUGAGCAACAAGUUGGAAGAUAAGAGGCGGCAUAUCGUCGAGAAGAUUAAAGAAAAUGCUGCACAUAAAGGGUAGCCAGAAACAUCCUGCUUAGUAUAUGGUACAUAUCCGGCAACUAGUCCUAGCAAGAAACUGGAGUGGUUGCAAUUGCACAAAUGUAUUAAUUGUACUCUACAGGUGGGGAAAGAAGGACUAAUUCCAAGUGUUGUGUGUACAUCAUUUAUACUGACAGAAUAUGAAAACAAAGGAUUAUGCACAUAGGAGGGAUCUCGAUUGGCUCGGAUGUAUAGGUUCAGACAUUUUGAUUCACUCAGAAACUGUUGCACAGAUUAAUGGUACCUUUUUUGUAUGGGUUUUUAGUCCAUAUGUGUGUGAAACGAAGUCCAAAGUUCCCAGGUUA